AUGGAGGCCGGCGAUCAAAGGGCAGACAUUCAUGUUCUUAUCAUAGGCGCAGGUAUACAAGCGGUGCUGAUGGAACGCAAAGGCAUCAGCGGCCUUCUACUAGCCCAAGGCCUCAAGAAGCAUGAGAUUCCAUUCUCCAUCUUUGAAUCUGAAGACUCAGCCAAGUUCCACAGAGCGCGAGAAUGGGGCAUGUCUAUUCAAUGGGCUCUCCCCAUGCUCGCAGACUUGCUUCCUAAUCAUCUCCUGGAACGCUUGCAGUCCGAUGCUUCAGUAGAUCCACACUACGUCUUCCCCGAGACAGGCAACACGAUGCCAAUCUACAAUGCCGAGACUGGCGAGCUGAUGAAGUCUAUCCCUCUGGUCAAGAUGCUUCGCGUGUCUCGACGGAGGUUGCGCAGACUGUGCGCAGAAGGCAUUGAGGUCCAGUAUGGUAAACGAUUCCGCUCAAUGACCACCAGCGAGGACGACGGCAAGAUUACAGUACACUUCUCCGACGACUCCCAGACAAGCGGAACCCUCGUCGUAGGAGCAGAUGGCGCCAACUCAGCAGUACGCAACGCCGCUUUCUUCGACACAGAUAAAGGCAAAGCUGUUACAGCAGGCUACGCUGGAGCUAACAUGCACGUCUGCUACGGAGACGCCUCCAUUGCCCGCUUGCUCCGCGAACACCUCUCCCCGAUUCUGGGAAUCGCGAUGCAUCCUCGUGGCCACUGGCUGUGGUUUAGCAUACAGGAUGUACCUGACCCGGAGAAACCAGAAGGAUGGGUGUUCCAGCUGCAAUGGACAUUCAAGCUGGGACCUGAGACCGCGGGUUUGUCAGAGCUCAAUCUCGAAAAUCUGAAAGCUGAUGCGAGCAAGUACUUUGCUGAGCCGUGGCGGAGCGCCUGGGAGAAGAUACCACCUGGCACGAGAGUCCCCAACAAUCGUCUCUCGAUCUGGCAACCCGCACCGAUACCCAGCGAGGCUUGGGGAGGUAGAGUUGCGUUGGUGGGUGAUGCUGCUCAUGCCAUGAGUUUCCAUCGCGGCCAGGGAAUGAACCAUGGUAUCGCUGAUGCUGUCGAGCUUACCAAGAUCUUGAGUGCUGGUGGCAGGGGGAAGGAGGCUGUCCUUCAACACGAGGCAGAGAUGAUUAAGCGGGCGGGAGAAGAGGUGGCGAUCUCGAAGUCGAACACGGAGAUGGUGCAUGAUUGGGAUAGACUGAUGCAGAGUCCGCUGAUGCAGCGCGGUGGUGACAAGAACAGAUAG